AUGGCAGCCAUCGACUCAGCAGCCCUCCUUUCCACCCUCUCAGCAGCAUCCCUCCUCCCAUCUCCCGUCAUACCUUCUACUUUCCAACCCACAGUGCAGCUUUCCGUCUCGUUCAAUGAGACUCCGGUUGCAGCUGGUAACCUUUUCCGCGCCAGCGCGUGCAAGACUGCGCCGACUGUCACUUUCACACCUGAGCACGGUGUGAACCCUAGCACAAAGUACACAUUCAUCUUGAUAGAUCCCGAUGCGCCAACCCCGGAUGACCCCAAGUUCGCGUACUGGCGCCAUUGGGUCAUUGGAUCGAUUCCGAGUAAUGGAGACGAUGUGGCGAAGAGUGGAAAAGUUUUGACAGAGUAUCUCGGUCCUGGACCUAAAGAUGAUUCGAAGCCUCAUCGUUAUUUGUUUUUGCUGUAUCGCGAGUCGGAGGAUGCGAAAGAGUUGACGAAGGAAGAUGUUGGUGGCGAGGAAUUCGUGCAGAGGAGGAGUUUUGGGGCGAAAGAGUGGGCGGAAAAACAUGGGUUGGUGCUCGUGGGAGUGAAUUGGAUGUUGGGUGCAGGGGAUGGGUGGAAAGAGGCGAAAGACGAGUUGUGAGUAUCCUGCGAUGGUGACUUUGUAGUUCCGCGCACUUGGUACCAGGGGGGAAAAUGAUGUUUGCUCUAGCGAAGGCAGCAU